AUGCUGCUGGAGAAGCUGAAUAGCACAGUGCCCUGCCUGCUGGACGCCACCACCGACCUCCCUGAGGAGCUGACCGUGAGCACCUCGUACUCAGCAGCCGAUUAUGGCCUGAGUGACAACCUGGCCACCAGCACUCCCGGGACCUCCAGUGGCGACUCGCCAUCCCACCCUCAUCACCACAACUUCUCACCCCAUCUCCUCCACUUUGUGCAGCAGUGCAUUCAGUGCAACCCGGAUAUGAGACCAAGGGCCAGCUCCCUCACGAACAGUUCUUCCUUUAAGCAGAUCAAUGGCGACCUAGAGGCGGCGGCGGAUUCUGAACGCAGGGUCGCUCGCUCCUCCGGCUUCGGCCGGGCUCCCCCGCCGCGCAGGCCCGUGUGCUCCUUGCCUGGGCCUCCCGGGUCCACGCUGGUCCCUCCAGUCCCUUCCCGCGGCCUCGGUCAGGCCGCAGACCCCAGCGCCGGCGACCGACUCGCCAGGGUCCGCCCCGCCGCGGCGGCCCGGGCCCGGCCGCUCCUCCCCCGAUGA